AUGGCGUCCUAUCCGGCCGGCUACCCCCAGUACGCGCAGCACCCGCGCACGCCAGUCCCGACGGGCAGCUUCCCAUACGCCGGCGCGCCGGGCAUGCACCAUCCUGGGAUGGGUCCCCAGCACCAGCCGUAUCCGACCGAGCCCGCGGGGGGCGACCGGGGCGCGUCUUCUCGCUACGAGUGUCAGUACUGCGGCAAGGGCUUCACCCGGCCGAGCAGUCUCAAGAUCCACAUCAACACUCACACGGGCGAGAAACCGUUCACAUGCCCGUACGAAGGCUGUGGCAGGAGCUUCAGCGUGCAGAGCAACAUGCGUCGCCACGCGCGCGUGCACACCCGCGGUGCCAACCCGGGGGAAGACCUCGGCGAGGACGUCGAAGAUGAGGAGUACACCUCGUCCGAGUCCUCGUCGCCCAGGUCCCGCAAGUAA